UCGUAGUAUAACCAGACGACAUCCUCUCCUCUCUAAUAAUGUACUAACGACUGAAGGCAGUUCCGGAAAAUUCGUCACGUGAAGGCGUUUGGUUUAUUAUAUUUAUAUAUGUGUGUUGUGAUAUUAUGUUUUCCGUUGGAUAUUUCGAUUCUUUAUUAUUCCGGAAUGCGGAUGGGUGUUCCAGAGUAGAGCUAUAGUGAGAGACGUGUCUAAUAUUGCGGUAUUAUAUGUAGACCAUGUGCUACACACACACACACACACAAACGCCGAGGAUCGAUACUAAAGGGAAGAAUUAAAAAUGAUUUUAGACACUACAAAACUAUUCAUCGUCAUCGCAAUUACAGUGCAGUUACCCCAACAUCCGGGUAACCUCUAAGAGACCGGAGACCAGCCAUCAAACAAACACGAUGGAUUUAGACUGUUGUGAAGAGAGUUAACAAAGAAACAGCAAUCUCGAGAGAUCUGAGUUUUUCUACCUGUCGGAUUAGGCGAUGGAUGAUGGUACAAAGUCAGCAGCUCAAGGAUCACCACGCUCAUCAUUAACCCGGGCAAUUAUCACGACGCGGGAAACAUACAGAUGUAAUAUGGGUGAAGGGCAAGGUCGCCAUUAGUGAAAUCUAUUUUUAAUCUUCUUGAAGGUAAAUAUAUUUCAACAUGUUAACUUGAUUCAAAGUCUAAUAUAUACAUGGAUCAAACAGCCGUCCUGGAAAAAGGUUGAGCAAAUGGUAAAUGUGUGCGCGCAAGCAGACGACCGGAAGUGAGUGAAAGGAUUAACUUCCGGCUUCGAGACGGGUGCAUUACUUUCGACACUCUUUAUUUUAUCACUUCCCAAGUCUUCCAAAAUCCAUUCAAUGAGUGGUUUACAUCACUAGUCAGCAAGCAAUACACGGCCAACGAUUCACGUUCUAGGGACUUGAUACUAUGGAUACGGUCGGAAGGAUAUGAAGAAGCAAAACGUCCGAACUCUAUCACUAAUCGUUUGUACGUUCACUUACCUUUUAAUCGGAGCGGCAGUAUUUGAUGCCUUAGAGUCAGACUACGAGAUUGAACACCGACGGAAAUAUCAGCUGGAGGAGAAACAAUUUAAAUCAAGUUACAACAUCUCAGAUGAAGACUAUGAACGCCUGCGCAAGAACAUCCUGAGGGUGAUGCCUUACAAGUCUGGGCGACAGUGGAAGUUCGCCGGCGCCUUCUACUUCUCACUUACCGUCGUCACCACCAUAGGCUAUGGCCACAGUACCCCGCAGACGACAGGAGGAAAGAUAUUCUGCAUGUGUUACGCUCUUGCGGGUAUUCCAUUGUGUAUUGUGAUGUUCCAAAGCGUUGGAGAGAGGCUGAACACUUUCGUAACGUUCCUUCUAAAACAAAUAAAAAAAUGUUUCAAGCUGAAAAACUCCGAGGUGUCCCAAACGAACCUGAUCCUAGUUGCCAUGAAUCUGUCCAUUAUCGUAUUAACAGCUGGGGCGGGGGUGUUCUCGCACUUCGAGGGCUGGCAGUAUAUUGACGCGUUCUAUUACUGCUUCAUCACACUAACUACAAUAGGGUUCGGGGAUUUCGUCGCUUUACAAAAUCACAGUGCUCUACAGAAGAACCCCCAAUAUGUCGCCUUUAGUUUGUUUUAUAUUUUAUUCGGGUUAACAGUUAUUUCAGCCGCUAUGAACCUACUUGUGUUACGGUUUUUAACUAUGAAUACCGAAGAUGAACGAAGAGACGAAUUGGAGGCUGCUGCGGCUGCGCAGACAGCUGUAAAACUUGACGGUGACGUCAUUACUUCCAACGGAAAUGUUGUGUCACGUGCUCAGGAAAUUCCCGAGUUUAAUGAUCACGUGUCUGUAUGUUCUUGUUCGUGCUAUAAUAUACGAUCUAAAGAUAAACACAGGUAUAAGGUCACGAGGUCACCAGGUAAAAUUUCACAUCUGCUGCAGAUGCAGAGCAUAAGCUCAGGGAAGGAUGACGUCAUCAGUAAUGGUGAGGACUCAAAUUCCAUUGUACAAUUCAAUUACAUAAAUUGGAAACGAGCGUCAGUGUAGCGAGAUUAGCAGCGUACCUUGGGAGUCAAUAUAGCGAGGAUAACUGUGUACCAAUGUUGUCUGUGUACCAAGGGUGUCUGAACAGCGAGGUUGUCUGUGUAGCGAGGGUUUAUGUAUGAAAAUUGUCAGUGAAACAUGUGGGUUAGGUAUAUAUAUGUGUAUGAAUAGAGAAUGAGAGAAUGGGUGCGAUAAGAUUUUACCAACAUUCUGGUACUUUCGGUAUCGCAACAGCUAGUAGCAUACUGAAAAUUCCACUCUUUUUAUUUGUCAUUUCUUUUGUAGAUGUUGAAAUAUUGCGGACAAUAUACAAAAAAUAAAGAAAUAAACUUUUGUUUAUGUGAUUUAGAAUCAAACUUAUACAGUUUGUUACUUUUUGUUUUGCGACCGGAAGUACAAGUGUUAAAUUAUCCAAAUGUAGUAAUGCUGGGAUUUACAACUUGUUUUAACUGUCAAAAAUGUAGAAUAAAGCCAUUUGUGUUAUGUCUUUGAUCUUUCUGUUAAAGUCGACGUAGACCAGAUAAUAUACAUCGUAGUUAUACAUAUCAAAACAGUAUUUCUGCUCCAUUAAUGCGAGUUUAAAUUUGUUUUGCACUUUGGUAUAAACAUAAAAUCAACCAUGAAAGAAAUGGAGAAAAAUAAAAUAUUGCGAUUCUUUUUUCCCGAAUUUAGUUGUGAAUCCCAUGCAAGGUAUAUAUAUGUGAGUGUAGAAAUGAGUGGCUGACAGUUAUUUUCUAUACAUAAUUCAAAGUGUUGUAAUAUUGAUGACUCACAUUGUUGAUUUUGAUUUUAAUUAUUUUGUAAAAAAAGAAUCUAUAUACUGUAUAAACACCAUCAGACGAGAGUACCGUGCAUCUAGUUAACCUGUCACGUGACCCUGUGUGCUUAUUAUAUGGCCAUUUCCGGUUUGGUGGUUUUUUGUUACCGAAACAUUUCGCUAUACCUGUUGGAUGUGAUGUGCCACUUAUCCAGACGGGCAAGGUCUACUCAGCUCGUAUCGAUUUGAUUAUUGUACUUUAUGGAAUUUUGUUUCUCUCAUCAUUGUUGUUAAGAUAGAACGGUAAGAUUUACGGGUCGUAACAAUAUUUUGCCACCAUGUGGUGCUUUUCACUGUCUUGGCUAAGUCUGCUCUACAGUCUAUGUAAGGGUGUGUAUCUGUUGAGACAUGUAGCCACACUGAGACAUGGUCGUUUGUGGAAAACGAGAUAUGAUGGCGAAUAGUAAACAAGGGAGAUAAUUCCAAAUGACUUGAUAAAUCAUUGUCCAUGUCCUAUGUACUAUGUUUUCUAUGUAACCUUCACUGUUACGAUUGACCUCCGGUCUGCGCUAGCAGCUUAAAACACUUACGUAUGAUUAGCCAAUACAAGAGCACACAGGCAACAACCUAUAUAACAGAUGUUGUAAAGGUUUGUAAAUCCUAACGUCAUUAAAAGUGAACAUAUAAAAUCCUGGAUUUGUAAAUCCUUAUUUUCUCUUCAAAUUCAAAUUUUUAACAGUUGUUUGUUCGGCAGGUUGUUACCAUGUUUUAUGGAUUUUAUUCGUAGAUCAUAGCUUGAUUCUAUCAAUCAAAAUGUGAAUGGUUCGGUUGUACGAUAUCGAGUUAGUUUUUGUGACUGGUUUAAUAUAACAUUAAAGCCUAAUGGCUGAGAGCCUGGCAAAGAUCGUCAGUAUAAAUAAUGGGAUCACUUAUCGGAGAACGAGAGUCGAUAUGUGGUGAUAUGUAAUCAUAUAAUUACAUUUUAUUUGUAUAUUCUACUGUACCUUAACAAAUCAGUGACAAAAAUGUUCCGAAUUUUCAUUGUCUGAUUCUAACAAAAAUUUCAUUUUUUAUUUGUCAUUUAAUCAAAAUCAAAUGUAUGAUUGGUAAAAAAAAUCAAGAUUCUGUUUGAAACCGACGAUCAAAAUAUAAAGGAAUUCUGAUUCGAGGCGAAAGAUACCCUGAUUCGCCAAGGAAGGCAAUGUUCGGGUUACAUCUAGAUACCCGGAUUGAGUAAUGGUACCCGGAUGGAAUGAUUGUAGCUAGCGUAGAAAUAACGUGACCAUCUUGUCGAGUUUGUCCCUUGUACGUGUGUUUGUCAGUGUGUACUUCCCUGUACGUUAUAGAAAUGGUACUCGUACACCCGAGGAAGUGUCUUUCACACUGGUUUUUGUAUUUCUUCACUGAUUACAUGAUUGUAUGCUUUUUUCAUCUUUCUAGUAAAGCAUAUCUCGAAUCUGCCUCAUAAAAAAGCAAUGAAAUCCCAAGGGAAGUUAAUAUAAAGUAGUUUGAUAUUAAUCAAUAAUAUAAUCGGAUACAUAAACUACAGGAGCAAUAAUACUUUAUAUACUGCUGUGUAUGCUACUUGUAUUGAUAUCUUAAUGUUUUUUAAUGAUAAACUUACUUUGUAACCUUUCCAAUUGACGUAGAUAGUUUGGUACACAUACGCUAGGCCAAGUUAGAAAAUGUAUCCGUGCUUCUGUAAAUGGUUCAAUUCCGCUUCAUAGAGGUGGGUUUUUUUUUUUGAAAUCUGAAUCCUUAAUAUAAAAAACCGUAGAUUACUUUGAGUUAAAAGAAGUGAUUUUUCAAAUUCCGUUCGUCCUUAUUUAUUCGGUAGUCGGUAUCAGAAAACAGAGAUAUUUUAUCAUUCGGCCUAUAUGUGUUGUACUAUGUCUAUAGAUGUACUUUUUAAACUAAUUCACUGCUUCUGUGACCUUUUAUUUCAAAUAAUAUUUCAUCGUUUUCUAAUUUGAUGUUCGGACCAAGUGUCUUUUCCCCUAAAACCUUACAAAGUCAUUUUGAUCACAUGCUUCCAGAGACCUACACAUGUAAUUUGUUUUGAUACCUUGAUUGCGCUGUAAGUGAAAAACGCUAAAAUGAAUUUGAUGAUGAAUGGCCGCGGUAGCGUUGACUCUUUUUUUCUAUUUAUAUGUUGUGUUGUUUUAAAACUUGGGCAUGACGUGGAUUUAGAUUGCUCUUACUCUAUAUCUUUAUGUCUAUUAUAAAAGUUCGUUGAUAAUUUGGUUGAUAUCCAACAAAGAUAGUUUUAUCAUUACGAGAAACUCGUGAUCCCUAGGACUAACACUCUUAUCUUUAAUUAGAACUCAAUGGAGUUCGCUUUAUUCUCGCACAAUACAUGCAGUUAACGGGAGCGCACUGCUAACCAGAUUAAGUAUCUAUUUUUAAUCUACUUUUAACUUAACAGAAUCAAGGUAUUUUACACUGUAUUGGUCUAUCAGCAAUUAAAACUACACCUAUGUUCAAUAAACCUGGUUACGAUCAGGAGCCAAAAUCUCCUGUCUCUGUCUAAUACUGAUAAUGGCGAACACGUGUACUUUCUAAAGGUUCGUUCCGUAUUGUUAGCCGACUGUAUUUUCGAUCUUCCUGACAUUGAAUCUCGCCUGGCUAACUGACGUGCAGCCGGAGGCCCUAUUUUGAUUUUCCAUACCUUGCUUGUACCUCCCACGUUGUUUCUUGUCUCAAUACUAAUUUUAAACAGUGCUCGUUGGUUCUUUAAUUGCUGUAUUGAACGAAUCAGAGAUCAGAUAUUACUCUUCCUCGUAGAAUAAAAAUUAUAACUAGAUUGGAAGAACAAAAAAUAGAUUCGUACUAAGUAUACUGUUAAAGCGGAUUUUUUGUCGGUGUGGAACUGUUCGCGUUAUUUGCGUUAAGUAAAUAAACGUGAAUAUUUCCAAACGCAAAUGUGUGACUCAGUCUUACCAAUAUCAACCCUUUUGUUUUCAUUCUACAUGUAUUGAACCAUUCACAUUGAAACACUUAAUGAUAAACCGUUUUGUUUAGAGAAUAGCGCCAUGUACUUGACGUUUGGCUGUUUCUAAGCAGCAUAUUCUAACUAUAUAUGACAGGUUGCGUUUUUGGUUUAUCAACGUUAUUUAAUGAUAAAGUUACUAUUUCAAUUAGGACAUAUAUGUGUUCUCCCGAAAAUCCAUAACUUUAUAUCAAGGGCUAAAUUUUUCCUGAUACUAAAGUCUUCUCAAGCACGUGCAGUCUUCUCCGGUUUGUGUGAAACAGCUUCAUAUCGAUCGUCGACUCAACACCAUACGUUGUGUUAGCUGAAAAUUGCAAACAUUUCUUUACAACUUUUAUUUUCAAAGAGACCCAUCACGUAACGGCGAUUAAAACUUGAAAAAAGCUACAUAAGCCACGCUUGUGUACAUUAUAUUAUUUGUUUAUGCUGAAGAGCCGUUAGCUAAUAGUGGAUUGUCAUACACGUAACAUUGAACCCCUAUUCGUUACGUUAGCGUACAUCAGAUGCCCGAACACUUUACACUGAAGAUCGUUACAUUACUCAUUUUUCAAAAUUUAUUUUUCGAUCCAUUUUCCUUUGUCUCAUUUAGGCAGUAGAUCGUCUGUAAUACCUGCCUACCAGACUGAUUACGAGAGGUAAAGAACAGCAUCAAAGGCAAAAUUAAAGGAGCAUGCAGCUUCUUAGCGCCUCACAACAAGGGGUGCUGGCACGCUCACUACAGUGUAGCUUGUGUGUGGUGUUGGGAGGGGGAGGGAGAGAUGAUUCAGAUAGUGUUCAUAGCUACUUGUAAGGGAAAGGUUUAUCACAGGGAACGAUAGGGAGGGGGAAUGAUAGGAAAGGCAGGGAGGAGGCUAGCAUACACCGGUAGGGAAGGAGGGUGACCUCGAUACUGUAGCGAGGAGGGCCUUGGUAUGACCUUGUACUUGAGGAGAAGGGACAUUUAAUAUCCUAGAAUGAAAUGGGAGUCAUUACCAAGAACGCUAGGGAGGGGACCUCACCUUGUACCAUGAACCAGGAACUGCACUUAAAGCUAGUCCCUUUACAGUGUUCGAGUGAAUACAUCUUGAAACAGAACAUGCUAGAAAUAAACAUCGUUUUAUAACAUAUAUUAUUUUCUGUUCAGUUUUUCUACGGAGGAUAUUAGUAUAUCUUCACUUAGAUACCAUUUAUAGGCUAGGAGAGUUCUUGGACGCGGAUCAAAAAGGUGAUUAAAAGGGUAACAUGUACAACAAUUGUGAUUGAAAUAAUCUAGGUUGACAGAUAUACUCAUUAUCCCGAAAUGUUAUCCCGUGACCGUUUCUAGAUUUACUUUGUCUGUUGUAACAAUCAUUAAGACGCUUGGUUAACCAGGGCAGUCGCUGAUAAACACUGAGAGGACUCAGAUCUAAUAUCUAGACCUAACGAAAUUGGGAUUUGCGUAUAUCAUUGGCAUGGCUACCCCAUGUUCGUGGCUUUCAUUGUAUUCAUUUUAUCAUGAUCGACAUAUAAGGACAUGGACGAACAAUGCCUUCCGAAUAAUUGAUUUUUUCGUAGUUGAUGAAAUUAUAUCUCGAUUUGUGAUUACUUGUACAUGGAUUCUGGAUAGGUCACUUUCAAAAAAGACAUUCAAUCGGUGCGGUAGGCAUUACACCCAAAAAAUGGAAGUGUUUGCGAUGUAUCAGAAAGUAUGUGUUAAGAACAAUUAUUGUUUCAAAUACUAUUUAAAUUUCCACUAAGAAUGUUAACCUACAUACUAUGUCGGGCGGACGUCGGACACAGCCACGUUUAGAUUACCCGACAGUAGGAAUGCGUGUAUGUACUAUGUAUACAUGGCCAGUUGUCCACUGCUGCCAAUUCAUUUCCUGUUUUAGUGAUAUAGUUCAUGCAGGUUAGAUACUGACUUGAAGUUCAUCGCCAGGUUGAAAGGUUGGCAGGUGGUUGAAAGGUUAGCAGGUAUGUCCCUGUAUUUCUAAGGAUAGUUUCGUAUCUUCGUUUCUUAAAAAAGAUUUUUUCAGUUAUGUCCCUUUAUUUCUGCUGUUAUUUUUAUUUCAACGUAUUUUGUAAGGAUUUGGCAGUUACAUGUAUGUCUCUUUAUUUCUACUGGUAGUUUCGUAUCUUUGUUUCGUUUAUAUGUACGGUGUAAUCUUCGUGGGCACUCCAGCAUUGACGACCGAUUGAAGCAUUUAUUAUCAUAUGAACACAUUCAUACAUUUCCAUUAAACAACAUCAUCAUCAGGAAGUCGCAAUUCUUGCCAGAGGGAAAAAAUCUGCUUCCUUAUAAUUGUAGGUAGAGGGAGUAUUCCUUACUUUUAGAAUAGUCAAAUAAUGUCUGUUGGCCAUUAAUGUUAGUUUAAAGGUGUCAACCUGCUAAGUCUACUGAAAUCUAAUCAAUCUUGUUAAUACUUUUUUAAGAAGGCAAAGUAUCCAAUCAGCGUUAUCCUUCAUAGUAGUAAGUACCUGCAUUAUCUUUAAGUUUUAUGAAUAUUUUUUAUUUAAAUAUUUGUGAUUUAGAGUUAGACUUGAGAAAAUAAACAUUUAUAAUCGUAUCGUAUAACCAUUGUUGUGGCACGCAAACCCUUGUGUGACUUUGGCGUGACCUCUAUAUAUAUCAAUCUAGUGUGUGACCUUGAGUGUGACCUUGGCAUGACAUUAAGCGUGACCUUGGCAUGACCUUGAUUGAGCGUGACCGUGAACAGAUGGCAUUGAUUUUGUUGUCCACUAACUUUGUUUCAAGUUAUAUAUACAUACUAUAUAUAUAUAUUGGUAAAUAUUUUGCAUGCUAAUUUUUUCAAACCAUUCCGAUCCACGAGCCUUCCAUACAUUAACACGUUAGUGAAUAACGUAUUUUCACACCGAUGUUUCUUAACAUGUUUACAUUAAACAUGGCUAUGUCAGUACCACAGUCAUUUGCUAACAAAGGUUUUCGACACAGUAAAAAACAAUAUAUAAUCUGGGACAAAUACCGAAUGUUUAAUUUGUAUUUUUUACUAUCUGGUCUCACGAUAAUUGAAACAUUACUUCUGAUGUCAAAAUUUCUUUGAGAAAAAGAGAGCAAACUCGGCUAUCAGAUUAGAAUAAUUAAAAAAUAAGUUUAAAACAAUGCAUCUGUAAAAGAAUGUUAUGACACUGAAAAUUACACAUUCAAAUUUGACUGAUGACCUAAAAAGCAAGGCAGUGGGCCUUUUCUAUUGUCUUUUCAAAAUUAAAAUAAAAUCUCUAAUGAGAACUAAGGGAGACUGUUCCCGCUGAAGAGUGGUUUAAUAUUAACUGAUUGUAUCAAUUUUAAAAUAUGAUGCUAAAACUGUUUUGUUACAACAGUCAAGUCUUUCUAUGCCGAAAUAGCUUUAAGACCAAUAGACAAGAUAUUUUAAUAAGGUGGGUUUUUUUCAAAAUCAAAUUGAAACAUAAAAGUUAUAAACUGAAGAGAAUAAGAACAGUAAAAAUUGUUAAUUUGACAUUUUUUUUAUUUUUUUUUAUAAAAUAAGUGUCUGCAUUUUAUAUUGUGCACUUUGAUACCACAUUGGCAAUUCGAACAUGUCGAAAAAUGACUGUUGAAUUAACUGAACUGUAUGUCUUUAACUGUAGUUUGUAUCACACAGGUAAACAAACCAAUGUACAACCCAUUCUGUCCAUGUUUACAAAUAUCACAGGUUUUGACAUUGAGCAUGUACAGUCAACACAUUUGACAUCUAUGUUAACUAAAUGCGUUGGUUCUUUGUUUGUAGUAUUUUACACCGAGUGUUUGCGUGAUUUGAAAACGAUCAUUCUGUCAAUACUUGUCAUGACAACUCAUAUCAUAUAUGUUGAUCAAGUAAAUAUGUGUCAACACGUGCGUUGUAUACAUGUAUGUCAACACGAAGGUUAUAUAUGUCAACACGUGCGUUACGGAUGUAAACACGUGUGCUUUAUAUAUGAGAGCACUUUAAUACGUACAAAACAAAACACGUGUGUUAUGUAUGAAAUCACGCUGGUAUGUAUGUCAUCAUGUGCGUUAUAUAUGUCAACACGUGUGUUAUGUAUGUCAACAUGUGUUCUAUAUGUGUGUUAUGUAUAUACAUAGGCGUGUUUUGCAUACAUCAAUACGUGUGAAUUGUAUAUAAACUUAUGUGUGUUAUGUAUAUUUCAACACGUGAGUUAUGAAUAUAUGAACAAGUGUGUUAUGUAUAUAUCAACACGUGUGUUAUAUAUAGAUCAACACAUGUGUUAUGUAUAUAUCAACGCGUGUGUUAUGUAUAUAUCAACACGUGUGUUAUGUAUAUAUCAACACGUGUGUUACGUAUAUAUCAACACGUGUGUUACGUAUAUAUCAACACGUGUGUUAUGUAUAUAUCAACACGUGUGUUAUGGAUAUAUCAACACGUUUGUUAUGUAUAUAUCAACACGUUUGUUAUGUAUAUAUCAACACGUGUGUUAUG